AUGUACCAUACUAUGGAUCGUUGGAGGACGUCCGGUGUACGUGGGGUUACAUUUCCUGACUAUCAAUUCCCGAAACGUCCACCAUCACGUAAAUCAUCACAGAUGCAGGCGACAAUCCAUCCGUCGGCGUCGUUCGAUGAACAACGAGCGGCUGAGUCAUUGGAUCGGGCGAUGCGUGGAUAUGGAACGGACAAACAACGUGUGAUCGAUAUUCUUGUUCGAUGCAACAAUGCUCAACGUCAAAUGCUACGCACCCCAUACAAAGUCCGCUACGGAAGAGAUCUCGAAACUGAGCUCAAACGGGAACUUUCUGGAGAUCUUGAGGAUGUGAUCAUUGCACUUAUGCAAACGCCAACAAAACGGGACGUUAUGGAUCUACACAGAGCAGUAAAAGGUUUGGGAACUAACGAAGGUGUCCUAAUCGAAAUUCUUGCAUCCCGAACAAAUGAAGAAAUUCAAGCAAUACGGAACACUUAUUACACUACCUUUGAUCGACCAUUGGAAGAUGCAGUCUCCUCAGAUACGUCCGGUGAUUUUCGACGUCUUCUGAUGAUUCUCAUCCAGGGGAAUCGGGAUGAGUCUAGUAUUGGCGAGUAUCACAAAGCAGUACAGGAGGCGCAUAAUAUUUUAAGGUGUUCGGAUAAGAGAGGACAAAUGGACAAACUCGAUGCGUACAAAGUAUUAGCAACGUCCAAUUCAAAUCAUGUCGGCUAUUUGAUCUCGGAGUUCGAGAACGUUGCCGGGUAUCCUAUUGAGAAAGCGAUUGAGAAGGAUUUCAGUGGGAAUACAAGAGAUCUGCUAUUGGCUCUCGUGAUGGUCGCUCAAAGCAAGCCAAAAUAUUUCGCACAUCAGAUUCAUAACGCCACUAAGGGAAUUGGUACACGUGAUAGGGAUUUGAUCCGUGUUCUCGUGUCUCGAGCUGAAAUUGAUUUGGCCGCUAUACAAGUCGAAUACGAAAGGUUGUUCAGGAAACCGCUUGUACAGGUGAUCCGUGAAGAAGCAAAAGGCGCAUACAGGGAUGCACUGAUCAGCAUUGUGAAGGGGAACAGAAGUCACACCUAUAUCAAUUAA